AUAUGUCCUGUCAGUAAAACGGGAGAUACUGUAUUUGCUGCCUCUUACCAUUGUUGGAAUAGAAGCUGAGAAGCAGAAAACAUGUUGGAAACAAUUGAUACACAUCGGGCCCUCCAGGCCAUGGAGCGCUUACAGGCAAAACUUCGGGAUCGAGGUGACAGUGCAAAUGAGGAGAAACUGAGCUUAUUAAAAUCAGUGCUGCAGAGUCCUCUCUUUAACCAAAUUCUCACCCUUCAGACUUCGGUUCAACAACUGAAGGAUCAGGUAAAUAUUACACCUUCCAUACACUCCACUGGUGAAUUCCCCCAGCUUCUCCAUCAUGGUGUGAACGUAGGGACCUUACCACAUAAUGAGUCAUAUUUGUUGGCUCAACAGAAUGGCAGCCCAGCUAAUGUGCUAGAAGCAUCGAUGAGAUCCAUUACUCCUCAGAUUAAUGGGAAGUCCUCUAGUGAUGACUUUGAGCAGCUGAUCAGAAAUAUGUCCCAGGGUCGUCUUGUUGAGACCAUUGAGCUUAAUAAACCUGUAAGUGGUGGUCUGGGCUUCAGUGUUGUAGGACUGAAGAGUGAAAACAGGGGAGAACUAGGAAUAUUUGUGCAAGAAAUCCAGGAGGGAAGUGUGGCACAUCGAGAUGGAAAGCUGAAGGAAGCAGAUCAAAUCCUUGCUAUUAACGGACAAGCCCUUGAUCAGACAAUUACACAUCAACAAGCUAUCAGCAUCCUACAGAAAGCAAAAGAUAAUGUCCAGCUAGUUGUGGCCAGGGGCACUUUCCCUCAGCUCAUCAGUCCUGUAGUUUCCCGGUCUCCAUCUGCUGCUAGCACAGUUUCAGCCCAUUCCAACCCGGUUCACUGGCAGCAUGUGGAGACAAUCGAGUUGGUGAAUGAUGGCUCAGGCCUGGGAUUUGGGAUAGUGGGAGGAAAGUCAACUGGAGUGAUUGUUAAAACCAUUCUUCCAGGAGGGGUGGCUGAUCAGCAUGGGAGAUUGUGUAGUGGAGACCACAUCCUGAAAAUUGGUGAUACGGACCUAGCUGGAAUGAGCAGUGAGCAGGUGGCACAAGUUCUGAGGCAAUGUGGAAAUCGAGUGAAACUGGUAAUUGCAAGAGGUCCAAUUGAGGAACCACCUCCACCAGCAGUCCCACCAGGUACACCAGUACCAACCUCCACACCAGAGAAACAGGCAGUUGCUUCUGUUGAUAGCUGUGAAGAUGGAGAGAAAUUUAACGUUGAGCUGACUAAAAACAACCAGGGAUUAGGAAUAACUAUUGCUGGUUACAUUGGAGACAAAACGUCAGAACCUUCUGGUAUCUUUGUGAAAAGCAUUACAAAAGGCAGUGCUGUGGAACAUGAUGGCAGAAUUCAUGUUGGAGAUCAAAUUAUAGUUGUGGAUGGAACAAAUCUUCAGGGUUUUACUAACCAGCAAGCAGUUGAUGUUUUGCGGCACACGGGACAAACGGUUCGGCUCACUUUGAUCAGAAGAGGGCUUAAGCAGGAAAAUCAUAUUCAGCCCCAGGAGGACUUCAGUGCUGCUGUUGAAAAGGACUUACUGUUCCAAACAAUGGAUAGUAGCACAGCCGAAGGUAACAGCGAAACAGAACCAGAAUCUCCAUCACUGCCAUGCAGUGCCAGUGUGGUAAAUAUUGGAGAGGACAUGAAACAACAGGAAGCAGAUUUCCAGCUAACUACUACAGAAGAAACAACUACAAAGGCAAAGUGGCAGAGGAUUAUGGGUUCGAAUUAUGAAAUAGUGGUGGCUGUUGUUAACAAAUUUAGUGAAAGCAGUGGACUAGGGAUAAGCCUUGAAGCUACAGUGGGACAUCAUUUCAUCAGAUCUAUCUUACCGGAGGGGCCAGUUGGACGAAGUGGCAAGCUGUUCAGUGGAGAUGAGCUGCUGGAAGUGAAUGAGAUCUCUUUGCUUGGAGAAAAUCACAAGGAUGUGGUCAAUAUCUUGAAGGAACUGCCUAUUAAGGUGACAAUGGUGUGCUGUCGUCCAGUAGCUCCACCCAUCGCUCACCCAGAAGUACUGGAGGGACUAAGUCUAUCUGAGGUUCAGCUCACAAAAAAGGCUCACGUAGAACUUGGAUUCAUUGGCUCCUCAGACACAGAAGGAACAGCUUUGGAAAUAACUGACGAGGGUCAGAGUAUGGAAGAGGUGCAAAGCUCGUCUUUGGCCAUGUGGGAAACAGAAGUACAGCACAUUGAACUGGAGAAAGGGAGUAUGGGACUUGGAUUUAGCAUAUUGGACUACCAGGAUCCUGUUGAUCCAGCAAACACUGUAAUUGUGAUUCGCUCAUUAGUUCCUGGGGGUGUGGCCGAGCAAGAUGGCAGACUUCUUCCUGGAGAUCGGCUGAUGUUUGUCAACGAUAUCAACUUGGAAAAUGGCAGCCUGGAGGAAGCAGUACAAGCACUGAAAGGAGCCCCAACAGGAAUAGUUAAAAUAGGAGUUGCCAAACCAUUGCCUGUGGACUCCAGCGAGGCAGAUCUAGUGGAUGAGUCCACCUUUGCAUCGCAGUAUUCUCUGGAGGGUGACGUCUUCCAGGCUUCAAUGAUAGCUCUGCAUGGCAGUGCCAGCAGCGGUGACCUGAACUUCAGCUUCUCUCUUCCAUUGCCAACUCCCAAGUCCAUUGGAGAGGACCAUUCAAAUGCUGCAGCUGAUUGCUGUGUAUCUGACAAGAAUCUGUACAAUAUGGAUCUGAAUCAGAGCGUGAGAGAGCAAAAGUCUGUAGUGGAUAAUAGUCUUGAAACUGCAACUGAUUUUCCUAAAAAGGAUCUUCUGUCUUUGGAUGUUUCGGAUAUCAACCAAAAUGAAAGCGAAAACAUAGCAACAUGGACUGGAUCUCAGACAACAGCAGAAAUUGCACUAAGUACAAACAUUGCUACUGCCACGCAGCUUGAUCCCACUGGAAAUGAUCAAGUGCUUUUAAUGGAAAAGAGAUGCCCAGUAUCUUUGGAGGGAAGUUCCACAGCCCCAAAUUCGGUGAAAAACGUGUAUGAGAAGACAAUCACUAUUGCAAAAGGCAAUUCAAGUCUAGGGAUGACGGUAAGUUCCAAUAAAGAUGGCUCAGGAAUGAUAGUCCGCAGCGUCAUCCAUGGAGGCUCAAUAAGUCGUGAUGGACGGAUUGGUGUGGGGGACUGCAUCCUGUCCAUUAAUGAAGAGUCAACCACUAACUUAACCAAUGCACAAGCCCGGGCUAUGCUCAGGAGGCAUUCGCUCAUUGGACCAGAUAUAAAAUCUUCUCCAGCACCUGCUGAUGAUCAGGCCCUCUGUUAUGUUAUUACGUAUGUGCCAGCAGAACAUUUAGACGAGUACAGGGCCAGUUUGGGACAACAGGCAGAGGGAGCUGUGCCACUUGAACUUUUUGCUUCACAUACUGUCAGCAGGGAACUGCCAGAGCUUCCAGAACGUGAAGAAGGAGAGGGAGAAGAAAGUGAACUUCAAAAUGCAGCUUUCAGUAACUGGAACCAGCCCAGAAAGGUUGAACUCUGGAGGGAGCCCAGCAAGUCGCUGGGAAUCAGCAUUGUUGGAGGACGAGGGAUGGGGAGCCGCCUGAGUAAUGGAGAAGUGAUGAGAGGGAUCUUUAUCAAGCACAUCCUGGAAGACAGCCCAGCUGGCAAAAACGGAACGCUGAAAACUGGAGAUCGGAUCGUGGAGGUGGAUGGAAUUGACCUCAGAGAUGCCAGCCAUGAACAAGCUGUGGAAGCCAUACGGAAGGCAGGCAAUCCUGUAGUCUUUAUGGUACAGAGCAUUAUAAGCAGACCAAAGCCAGAGUCUCUUUAUAACCCUUCUUCAGCUUCUGCUCCCCGUGGGCAGAAAACUACUAACCCAUUUUAUCGUCAGUCAUCUAAGAGCCCUUCCCUGCCUCUCUCGCAGAACAGUCUUUUCUGUAGGCCAGCUCUCUUCAGCAGCACUAACCCCUUUGCUGAUGCUUCGCAGUUCAACACUAACAAGGAGGUAUCGAAUCCAGUUAGGGUUACCUUCCGUUGUUCCCCAACUAACCCUUUUGCUCCCACACCGUUCAAGGCAUUUGGUCAGUCUGAUUUAGAGCCAGAAAAGACUUCGCUUUGUAACUUGCCUCUGCCCCCUCCUUCACCAUUUUCAGGAAUGAGCUAUGACGCUACACAGUCAUCUUCCAGCAGAGUCCCAGAGGAUGUGGAGAAGGAGGAUGAGUUUGGUUAUAGCUGGAAAAAGAUCAUGCAGCGCUAUGGAAAUCUACCGGGAGAGCUACACAUGAUUGAGCUGGAAAAAGGAAGGACAGGCCUGGGACUUAGUCUUGCUGGUAACAAAGACCGUUCCAGGAUGAGUGUCUUUAUAGUGGGAAUUGAUCCAAAUGGAGCAGCUGGCAAAGAUGGCAGGUUACACAUUGCAGAUGAGUUACUAGAGAUAAAUGGGCAAAUACUCUAUGGAAGGACUCAUCAGAAUGCUUCCUCAAUAAUCAAAUGUGCGCCAUCUAAAGUAAAAAUAAUCUUUAUCAGAAGUAAAGAUGCAGUAAAUCAGAUGGCUGUUUGCCCUUCAAAGUCAGUAGAGGGUUCACAGUGCGCUUCAGGGACACUUCAACAUCAAGAGAUUGAUAUCGGUGCUGCAAACUCCAGUGCUUGUUCUGACUUCAGUUCAUGUAAAAACAUUCAGUAUGUGGAACUUCCUAAGGAUCAAGGAGGCUUUGGAAUUGCCAUUAGUGAAGAAGACACAGUUAAUGGAGUAGUUAUUAAGAGUUUAACAGAUCAUGGUGCAGCGGCAAAGGAUGGACGAAUCAAAGUUGGAGAUCAGAUCCUGGCAGUGGAUGAUGAAAUUGUUGUGGGAUAUCCAGUAGAAAAGUUUAUUAGUCUCCUGAAGACAUCCAAAACUAUGGUGAGGCUUACGAUCAACUCAGCAGAGACGGAUAGCCUGGCUUCAGCACCAGUCCCUUCCAGCACUGCCCCAGCAGAAAGGAGAAACAUGCAGCUGCCAACAACUGCCCCCUCUUCCAGCUCACCAGAACCAGAACCAGUCAAAAACACAAGCAGAUCUUCAACUCCAGCCACAUUAGCCUCUGACCCAGCUACUUGUCCCAUCAUUCCUGGAUGUGAAACAACCAUUGAUAUCUCGAAAGGACGGACUGGUCUUGGUCUGAGCAUUGUUGGAGGAGCAGACACUUUGCUGGGAGCAAUCAUUAUCCAUGAAGUAUAUGAAGAAGGAGCAGCAUCUAAAGAUGGGAGACUGUGGGCUGGGGACCAGAUAUUGGAGGUCAAUGGGAUUGACCUCAGGAAUGCCACACAUGAUGAGGCAAUAAAUGUCCUCCGACAAACUCCCCAAAAAGUUCGUCUGACUGUGUACAGAGAUGAGGCCCAGUACAAGGAGGAAGACAUGUAUGAUGUACUCAAUAUAGAGCUCCAGAAGAAGCCUGGCAAAGGCCUUGGCCUCAGUAUUGUUGGGAAAAGAAAUGAUACGGGGGUGUUUGUGUCAGACAUCGUGAAAGGAGGAAUAGCAGAUACAGAUGGGAGACUGAUGCAAGGAGACCAGAUAUUGACAGUGAAUGGAGAAGAUGUUCGAAAUGCUAACCAGGAGGCUGUUGCAGCUUUGCUAAAGUGUUCAUUAGGUACAGUAAGACUAGAGGUCGGAAGAAUAAAAGCUGGUCCAUUCCACUCCGAGAGGAGAACAUCCCAGAGCAGCCAGGUCAGCGAAGGAAGUGCCAGUCUUUCAUCGUUCAGUGUCCCAGUUUCUGGGUCCAGUGCUCCUGAGGUCUUUGAAAGUGGUCUAAAGAAGAAUACCACAACUUCUGAAAUACAGGGACUAAGAACAGUUGAAAUAAAAAAGGGCCCUGCAGAUUCACUAGGAGUGAGCAUUGCUGGAGGUGUAGGAAGUCCUCUUGGAGAUGUUCCUAUAUUUAUUGCCAUGAUGCAUCCAAAUGGACUUGCAGCUCAGACUCAGAAACUCAGAGUUGGGGACAGGAUUGUUAGCAUCUGUGGAACAUCUACUGAGGGCAUGACUCACUCCCAAGCUGUUAGUCUCUUAAAAAAUGCUUCAGGCACUAUUGAGCUGCAGGUUGUAGCUGGAGGAGAAGUGAGUGUCAUAACUGGUCAGCAGCAAGAUCCACCUACGUCCAGUCUUUCAUUUGCGGGACUAACUUCAACCAGCAUUUUUCAGGAUGAUUUAGGACCUCCUCAGUACAAGACCAUUACUCUGGAUAGAGGACCAGAUGGCCUGGGCUUUAGUAUUGUGGGCGGUUAUGGCAGUCCCCAUGGAGACUUGCCCAUCUACGUGAAGACGGUGUUCGCGAAGGGUGCAGCAGCAGAAGAUGGACGCCUGAAGAGAGGGGAUCAAAUCAUUGCUGUGAAUGGGCAGAGUUUAGAAGGGGUGACCCAUGAGGAAGCGGUUGCUAUUCUGAAAAGGACAAAAGGAACAGUCACCUUGACUGUUUUGUCAUGAACUGUCUGCUCAAAAGGGGUAGGAUGCUUAAGACUAUAUUAUUUGCAUUCCGGAUAGAAAAGAGAAUGGAAAUGUUUAUAUAGCCUUAUUGCUUUUCCAGCUUCACUGGACUGUGUUACAACACUGCGGAAAAAUAACAUUUAACCAUAUUUUUGUAUACACUAGAAGUAUUUCUUUUACUGUCAAACCACUGGGAUGGAGUCAUGUCAACUGUGGAAAGACGGGGAUAUUUUUCAUAUUAGUAUUAUAAUGAAUGCUUGUAAGCUACUAAAAAAGAAAAAAAAAGGCAUGUUUGCAUUAAUAACUACACAACAAAACUGGGAUGUUUUGCUAAGAGGUUUUGGAUAUUUGAAAUAUGUUGGAAAAAUUAUAAAGUCACCAAGUCAACGAGGGGGUAGCAUGGGCAGCAGUAGAAAACAGAAAUCAGGUUAUUGAAGAAAGAAAGUGUUAACAAAAUAGGGAAUUUUGGGAAAAGUAUGGAAUCUGGAGGCAGAUGAUUAAUGGUCUUAGAUGGUUUUUUGCAUUAUUUCACCAUUCCCAAGUAGAAGGAGCAGGGUAGGUGACUUGGGUGGGUUAUUUUGCUUGUCUGUUGGGGUGUUUAAAUCACGGUGUAUCAAAAAAAAAAGACAACUGUGUUUCAGUUUGGCCUAGGUUUGAGGGUUUGGGGUGUAUUUUUUUUUCAGACAGGUUUGUGUAUGUUUUUGUUUUGGAAGGAGAGGACUUGUUCUCAGGGCUGAAAAAUCCAUUUGCUAGUGGAAACUACUGGUGAAUGAGAAUGCCCAGCCACUGCGGUAUAAGAGAACUAGACUUUCCUUUAUAGUAGUAGUGUUUUCUAGUAUUUAUGGGUGUGAAAACAACUUUCCGACUAUGAAAUGUUCAUAAGUGAAGGUUGUCCUCUUCCAGUGUGCAAGAUUAACUACAGGCUCAGUGCAGAGGUUUCUGCAAGCUGCUUGAAUCAGAGCCAAGAACAAACCACUCAGGGCAGGUUUACCUACCUGCAGCCAGAGAUUUGUGGAUAAGCCAAGGUGGAAAAAAUGGAUAUUAUGGUGUUGCUGUCAUUAUCAGUAGCAGCUGAGGUGGAGUCCUCCUUGGACUGAGGAGGUCUAAACCCAGUAGUAAAGCGCUGAAAAUCCUUCCCAGUGGAGGUGAGUAGUUAAAGACAGCAGUGCAGGUCUUUCUGAAUCUGCAUUAGGCAGAAGAGGAGAUUUAAGGGCUGAAAAUAUUGUUUGGGGAUUAUUAAUUUUAGACGCACAAAUACAAGACAGUGUCUAGUAAAUACAAUGCAACCACGGAGCUGUUCUUUAGGCAGCAGUGUGGCUGAUCAGUUUAUUAAAGUACUCAGUCUCCUAAGCUGGGAUACUCACUAAAACUGUCCAAAAACCGCACUCACUGAAACCCUUAGCAGAUUGUAGUCUGCCUUUGCCUCUGCUCCUUCAAACUGGCUCUUAGGAAUCGGGCAGAUAAAGCACACUUUGCCCGUGGUUUACCUUUCAGCAGAGGAAUUUUACCAAGUCUUUUGAGGGAGAAAGAUACCUAGCUAAUUAGCAUGCUAACUAGCAGCAAGACCCUUUGUGUUAAUUAGCAAAAAAAUGGUAAGAAAAGGCCACCAUGUCAGUUUUCAUUUAAGAGAAGUCUGAACUGGAAGUGCAGGCAAUGGUAAGGCUGUUAUCAGGGGAAGAUAAAAAAGACUAGCAUUUGUUGUAGUCAGACAAAAAACAGUAUUAGGAAUGUCUGUGAAAUAGUAUUAACAGGUGAUAGGUAUGUCUAAGUGAACUAACUGAAAAACCGCACUGUUUUGUCUCUUUAACAAUUCUAGAAGUUACACUGUGAUAUGGUAAGAUGAAAGAAAACAGAUGGUAUUGUUUCUGGAUGCUGUUGUUAUCUAAUUGCUCUUCUAUACUUAUGCCUUGGUUAGAGCGAGAAAUGCCUACAUUAGAGUAUGUAAAGUCACUUUAAAUAGUAUCUAUAUUUGUAACAGAAGUAGUGUACAGAUAUUUUGUUACUGCUGUUGUGUCUAAACAGAGGAUUUAAGUGAAUAAAUUCCAAACUGUCAUGAUCAAGAAAUAAAAUUGCAGAUGUGUUUCUGGUUCCUUUACAA